UGUGCUCUGAGCUCCGAGACUGAGGACUUUCACAAUGUGGUGGUAACACUGUGAGCUGGAAAGGCGUCAUGGCGUCGUGUUCCACAGAACCCAAAGUGCCCUUCUCCCUGGAGCCCUACCACGUCUCCACCGAGCUGGGCUUUGUCCUCCCAGCACCACUGCAAGAGCUGCCAGGGUAUUACCGACCAUGGAUGGAAAUCGCCUUCCAAGUCUCAGAUCUGGUACAGUCCCACACGCUGCGUUCACGCAUUGACAAGAUGCCCCUGCUCAGCACUGAGUACCUGCAGAGCCACCGGGAGCUGCGCCUGGCUCACCUAGCGCUCAGUGCUAUGACCAUGGGCUACGUGUGGCAGGAGGGGGAGGAGGGCACCAUUCAGAAGCUGCCCCGGACCCUGGCUGUUCCUUUCUGGGAGGUGUCCCGGAGCCUGGGGCUGCCCCCCAUCCUCACCCACGCAGACGCCGUGCUGGCCAACUGGAGGAAGAAAGACUUGGAUGGACCGUUUCUCAUGGAAAACCUGGAGCUCCUGGUAAGCCUGCCCGGUGGAGACAGCGUCCGUGGCUUCUUCAUGGUCACUCUACUGGUGGAGCUGGCAGCAGUUCCAGCACUGAGGAGCAUUCCCGCCCUGGUGAACGGCGUGCGGCGGGGAGACGGCGAGGCGGUGGCGGACGCCCUGGAGGUCCUCCAGCAGUCCCUGCAGGAUAUGAGGGACACCCUCAAGCUGCUGCACGUGUACGUGGAGCCGUCCAUCUUCUAUGGCAUCAUGAGGAUUUAUCUCUCUGGGUGGAGGGACAACCCCUGCAUGCCGCGGGGCCUGGUGUACGAGGGCGUGGGGCCGGAGCCCGUGGAGCUCUCCGGGGGCAGUGCGGCUCAGAGCAGCCUGCUGCACUGCUUCGACCGGCUGCUGGGGGUGCAGCACGAGACAGACAGCGGACUCUUCCUGGCCCGUAUGAGGGACUACAUGCCCCCGGCCCACCGGCGUCUGAUCCAGGACCUCUCGGGGGAGCCCUCUCUGAGGGACUUCGUCCAGGGGGCCAGCCACGCCCGCCUGGGUCGCGCCUUUGAGCAGUGUUUGAGCCGGCUGGUGUCCCUGCGGAGCGACCACAUCAACGUGGUCGGCCGCUUCAUCAGUGUCCCCGCCGGACGGGCCCGCCGGCUCCGCUCCCAGGGCCGCACCCCGGGAGGGCCCCUGAGCCAGGCGCCCGUGGCCCUGGAGGAGAGGGGCACCGGGGGCUCGGGCAUCAUGACCUUCCUGAAGACGGUGAGGGACCGCACCAGAGACGCCAGACUGCUGGGGAGCAGCGAGGUGCCGGAGGAGCAGGGGGACGGCUGUGAUCUGGACUGAGUAUGAGGUCCUGCGGGUGCUGCAGGAGGCACUAGGGUCUGACUGCUGUCUGACUGCAGUCUGACUGCAGUUUGUUAGAAAGGCCAAAGCAUGCGUCUCUGUUAGUGAGAGCAACGUGCUGGGAUCUGUUAGGGUGAACUCUACCAGACCAUUUGGAUUUUAGCCGCGGGUAAUUAUUUAAUUCCUUUUAGUUUUGAUUUCAUUAAUAUGAUUAAUUUUUCCGGAAAGCUGUUGUUGUUGUUAUCAUCCAUCGUAUCAUAUCUUUCAUCUUCUGUUUUUGUUCAUUUGUGUAACAGUAUUAGUCCUUAAGUGACAGAUUUGUACGUCCCUAUUGUGAAUAUAAUGAAUGCAUUAAAGCUACACACAGAAGCAGAA